AAUAGAUGAGUGGUAAGAGUCACACAGCACGCAACACAAAAGGGCAAUGAAAGUCCAGUAAGAAAUGUGUCAAUAAGCGCAGAGCUGGAGGUGUGACAUUGAGCAACGACUUUGCCGUUUAUCCAUCACAGUCCCUUACCUCAAUUCCAUUCAAUCACUCCCUCAACCCCUCCAAAAAUGCCAGCUCUCGACUUGAUUGACCACUCUCCUCAGCAGCCAGAAGCAUCCCCGCCUCUGGCAAAUGCGGCAAAUGUCGUUCUCAUUGACAACUUCGACUCCUUCUCGUGGAACAUCUACCAAUAUCUCGUCCUAGAAGGCGCUACAGUCAAAGUCUACCGAAAUGACGCUAUCACUGUCAACGAGCUGGCGGAACUGAAGCCGACUCAACUGGUGAUCAGUCCUGGUCCAGGUCAUCCCAAGACGGACUCUGGCGUCAGCAGAGAUGCUAUCAAGUAUUUUGCAGGCAAGAUACCCAUCUUGGGAGUCUGUAUGGGACAGUAAGUCGCUCAAUUGAGUACCAAUCGGGUUGCUUACUGAUACUUUGAAGGCAAUGCAUGAUUGAUCUCUGGGGAGGCGACGUAAGCUUUGCGGGAGAGAUCUUACAUGGAAAGACAUCACCAUUGCGACACGAUUCGAAAGGUGUGUAUGCCACCCUUCCUCAAGACCUUCCAGUAACACGUUACCACUCGCUCGCUGGUACACAUCCGACUCUUCCAGAGUGCCUCGAAGUCUCCUCUUGGAUAGGGGCAGGUCCAGACGGAGGCAAAGGUGUUAUAAUGGGGAUUCGGCACAAGGAAUACGUUGUCGAGGGUGUCCAAUAUCAUCCAGAAAGUAUCCUGACAGAGAAGGGCCGCGUCAUGCUCAAGAAUUUUUUACAAAUGCGUGGCGGGACCUGGGCGGAAAACGAUCGUUUGCAGAAAGAAUCAACUGAUUCAAGUAAAGCUAUCACAAAUGGAGCGAACGGGAGCAAGAAAGAGAACAUCCUUACCAAGAUAUUCGCACACCGAAAAGCUGCAGUGGCAUUGCAGAAGGAGGUUCCGUCUCAAAGACCGACGGACCUUCAAGCAGCUUACGAUCUGAAUAUUGCUCCUCCUCUUGUCCCUUUCGUUAGUCGUCUUCGAAAGUCUCCUUUCCCCCUUUCCUUGAUGGCUGAGAUAAAAAGAGCUUCUCCCUCCAAAGGCAUCAUCUCCAUGGCGACAUGUGCUCCAGCCCAAGCUGUAACAUAUGCUUUGGCAGGUGCUAGUGUCAUUUCAGUCUUAACUGAACCAAAGUGGUUCAAAGGAAGCAUUGAUGAUUUGCGUGCCGUUCGUCAAGCGCUCGAGGGAAUGCCAAACAGGCCUGCUGUGCUACGCAAAGAGUUCAUCUUCGAGGAAUAUCAGAUCUUGGAGGCUCGACUUGCAGGCGCUGAUACAGUCCUUUUAAUUGUUAAGAUGUUGGAUGAAGCGACACUGGUAAGGCUAUACCGUUACUCACAAUCUCUCGGCAUGGAGCCUUUGGUUGAGGUCAACACACCUGAAGAGACAGUCAUUGCUGUUAAGCUUGGCUCGAAAGUUAUUGGUGUGAACAACCGCAAUCUCACAAAUUUUGAAGUGGAUCUCGAAACCACCAGUCGACUUCUUGAUCAAGUUCCAAAAGAGACCAUUGUCUGCGCUCUGAGCGGUAUCUCUGGAUCCCAAGAUGUCGAGGCGUAUCAGAAAAAUGGCGUUGGUGCAGUUCUUGUUGGAGAGGCGCUUAUGCGAGCAGCAGAUACAGCAAAUUUUAUUAGGGAGCUUCUUGGUGGUUCCGAACCGGUUUUGAAGUCUGCACCAGGACCUCUUCUUGUGAAAAUCUGCGGCACAAGAAAAGCAGAGACGGCAGUUGAGGCUAUUAAGGCAGGUGCGGACCUGAUCGGCAUGAUACUUGUUCCUGGAAGGGGCAGACAUGUGCCUUACAAAGAUGCUAUUGCAAUAUCGAAAGCUGUGCACGAAACGCGCGUCACCACUGGAAGUGUGGUCAGCGACCGUGUUGGCAGUCAGGCUUCAGACUUUUUUGCCAAUGCAGCAUCAAAUAUUUCGAGCCAUCGAGCACUACUCGUUGGUGUCUUCCAGAAUCAGCCAUUGGAGGAGAUUCUGGAGCUACAGAAGGCAUACGACCUAGAUAUCGUCCAACUCCACGGUGAGGAGCCGCUCGAGUGGGCAAAUCUAAUUCCGGUACCAGUAAUUCGGGUUUUCAACCCUACUCAGCCUGGAAUCGGGAAGCGAGGAUAUCAUACAGUUCCCCUGCUCGAUUCUCUUUCUGGAGGAUCCGGUAAGACACUUGAUAUGACCCAAGUUUCAAACGUUCUCGCGAAAGACCCAGGAUUACGAAUCUUACUUGCUGGCGGCUUGAAUGCGGAAAACGUUGCCGAUGCUGUCCGAGCAGUUGGUGAUUAUAGCGACAAGAUUAUCGGUAUCGAUGCGGCUAGUGGGGUCGAGGAAAACGGCGUGCAAAGCGUUGCCAAGAUUCAAGCUUUCAUCAAAGCAGCCAAGAGCGUCCGUUAGAUGGGCCUGAGGGUAUUGAAAUAUGAUCUACUUCUUUCUGCAUUUAUCAUUGUGUGAUGCACCAGGAUUGUUGACAUUCGCUUCUCCAUUUUCUUGGCGCAAGCGCACCGAGCAAGCUCCGCGCGAUCUGUCAAACACGGACUAGAGUUUACGUUGUUCCGGAUACGACUCAAGAUCACUAGCAGGCCUAUUGAAGAUGGGAUAACCUAGUGGUGGCAAGCACAUCGUUUUGCUUGGAUAUGUUUUGCUCUAUCAUGGACUCCUACGGCCUAAUGGGCACCAUUGAGUAUUAAUUGUCCACUGAGCGUUGCGAAGCGUCUGUAAGAUGUGUUACUUGCAAAUUUAUGGGUGUUCGGUGAUCAAAAGUGGCACAUGGGGACUGCAUAUUUUUUUACUAGCUACUGAAUCAAUCUUCGUAGUAUAUUGUUCUGUUUACUCUAUUGGUAGCUCAUGAAUAUCGUUUACCGACUCA